GUAGAAAUCAGUGUAGUCUAUGCUUAAAACCUAGCUUACUUGGAAUGACGUUUGGAUUUGUAAACUCUCAACUCGUUCAGUGCAGAAGAACAAGUUUAAUUUAGUAGAUCAUGAAGUUCGUUUUUCUAAUCCUGUUGAUAUCUGUGUUGUGGAGUUCUGUGAAUACUUCUGAAGUCGGAGCGAUCAAGCUCAUACCGUCUUCAUCUCCGAUAAAGCUCGGCUGGAGAUAUAAUCUUCACUGUGCUGUCGCAAAGAAAAUUCAAAAUAGAAGCAUCGUGUUUGAACGCAACAACGUGAGGAUUUGUCAGAUCCUUUGGUACAGAUCAGGGAAUGUAUAUUGUAACACGACUCAUGACGUAUUAAGUGGAUAUGAAUGUCAGUGUAGUGGACCUAGGAACGAUACCUUAAUUUACAGAGUAAUAAUAAAAUCAUUCAGUACAGUCGACUUCACACAGUGGAUCUGUUCUUCUGUUGACAGUGAUGGAGCCUCUGGACCUGUGUAUAUCAGCAACUUUGUUUUCCUCUAUUUUUCAGGUGUUACUCUUACUGGAAAUAAGAAAAUGUUUGAUGCUGACGGUUUGAACUCAAUUAAUUUGACCUGUACCACAAGCAACAUGACAGGACGAGCAGAGUUCACGUGGAUAAACAAAACGUCUGGAGCACGAAUCGAAAACAAUCUGAAUGUAUCUAAACAUUACGACGCAUACACUCAGGAGCUUAAAUUUAUUCCACACUGGUAUCAAGAUGGAAACAAAAUUCUAUGCAAAGCUUUUAAUGCAGAUACGAACAUGACAACAACGUCAAAUGUUAAAGUCAUGAAUUUAACAUAUCCACCAUUGGCACAUCCAGUGAUAAAGCAAGACAAUAAUUCAAAUGCGCCACAUGAUUCAGAAAUCGUAACUCGCGAAGGCGCCAUGCUACACCUAUCAUGUGAAGUCACUGGGGGAAAGCCCAGUGUGUCAAACAUUAGUAUAGUGUGCGAUGGUAUUAAAGAGCGUGCACCUCAGGCACAUGAUGGAGCUGUAGGUCGUAUAUCUCUUAAAGUGUGGAGAAACAUCCACAAUCACACCUGUCAGUGUUCAGCCAUCCACAUCACUGGUCGAUAUAAUCUAACUACGACUGUGACCAUCCUGGUUAACCAUGCUCCUGAUGUGACAGUACGAUAUGACUUUAACUCGAGUGAGAAGAGUCUGAAGGUGAUAUGCGAAACAGAAGGGCGUCCAGAGACGUACGGUUUCACUCCAUUCAUCCACUUCUGGAAUAAGUACAGAAUCAGAGAGUUACCAGGACAACUCGUGGAAUUUAACAAAAACGUCUUGACGAUUUAUAACGUGACAUAUGCUGAUUCAGGCAGGUACCAGUGUGGUGCUAGUAAUGGCAUUGAUGGGUUGAACAAGGUCAAAGUUCAAACUGGUUUUACGUCAGUAGAAUUUGGUGAAAAACCUAUUUUCGAUGCUGAAUCAAAACAGAAUCAGACUGUGUCCGCUGUCCUUGGUAACACUGUUGUUUUGGAGAGAAAGAUAUUCAGCAAUUCCAACAUUACUUUGCACAUGUGGAUAAACGGACGUGAUCAGCACUUAACAGGUCGAGUGUCUACGACAGAAGUGACGUUACAUAUCUAUGGUAUUACUGUGAAAGAUGACGGGUACUCAAUCACAUUGAAGAUUUUAAAAUUAAAUGAAGCUGACCUGGGACUUUAUAAGUUGGAUGUCUGUAACAUAUAUGGGUGCGGCCAUUUGUACACAACUUUAAAAGUAGUUUCACAAUCGGGUUCCACGUCUGACUCAGUACUGGUAGCAGUUGUUUCAGGUGUCACAGUAGUUCUCAUUCUGGUGAUCAUCGUUGUCGCUGUCAUCGUCACAGUCAGAAAGAGGAGGAAUUCAACAAGAAACUCGCGUCAACACACGACUGUGGAAUAUGUGAACACUGUGAACGAUGUGAACAAUGUGAACAAUGUGUAUGAUGUGAACACUGUGAACAUUCAGACAGACGAUCCCCAUGUUUAUCAAACUCUGAACAACUGAUGACUUUUUAGAAUUAAUUAAUUAAUUAAUGUUUAUAUUCAAUUAAGGUUCAAGCACACAUUUUAGAUACCUCGGCCGUCUGUCGAAAAAAGAAGUUUGUUACUUUCUUUUGUUUAACGACAACACUAGAACACAUUGAAUAUUUGUCAUCUGAUAUAUCGCAGCUUCCUAUUUAUAUAUAUACAUGUGGAAACAGUACUGGUAGUAUAAGUUCAGAGUUCAAGUUAGAGAUCAUAAUAUCAUGUGAAACGUGUGUGUUUGUGUGUGUGUGUGUGUGUGAGUGUAUGUAUGUGUGUUUGUCUGUGUGUGUGUGUGUGUGUGUGUGUGUGUGUGUAUAUAUAUAUAUAUAUAUAUAUAUA